CCUCCUCCCUCCUUCCUUCCUUCCACUUGAUUUAAAGAGAAGCCGCCCUCCACCUGGGCACGUUACAAACCACACGGAGUACAAAUGAUCAACCAAUUGUCCUUUCGCUCCACUGAGCACGAUUUAUAACCGGCUCAUCAUGUCAGCGGAGCAGCCGUAGCGGCGGCGAACAUGGAGGAGCUGGAUGCCACCCAGCUGGACGCGGUUGCAUCUUUGCAGGCGGCAGUAACCUCCAACCUGACCUGGAGAGAGGGAGCACAGCUUGAGCUGCCUCCUCAGAUUCAGCUGGUCCUGGAGAUCGUCAUGGUGCUGAUGUGUUUGGGUGCUGUUGCAGGUAACAUCCUUGUCGUUGCUAUUGUGGCUGCAAACAAGACCUUGCACUGCUUACCAUCGGUCCUGAUUAUAAACCUGGCCAUCAGUGACCUCCUGGUCGGCAUUGGAGUGAUGCCCUUUGUGGCUAUGUCCGUCAUGAACUGUGGAUGGGCGCACUGUUCUGAUCUUUGCCUGUACGUGGGUUACACCUCGUCUGUGUACUGCACAGCUUCCGUGCUGACACUGGCUGCUAUCGCUCUUGAUCGCUACCACUCCAUCAUGGACUGCCUGCGCUACAACUCCCGCUGCACCCUGUUUAGGACCUGCAUUGUGGUCCUUUGGAUCUGGCUGCAGGCUCUGGUCACCAGCUCUCCCCCACUGCUGGGCUGGAGCUCCAUCAGGUACGUGCAACCAAUGUUCAUCUGUGCAAUCAACUGGGUGAGCAGUCCCAGCUACGCUGCUUCCAUAGCAGCCCUGUCAUACUUCACACCGGCCGUGGUCAUCCUCUUCUGCUACGUGAAGAUUGUAAAAGUGGCUCGCAGCCACGCCAGGAGGAUUCAGACACUGGAGGUCCCCGUUCAACGCAGCAGGAAUCUAAGUUCUGUGUUGCCACUUGGUGAUUCGUCUCCACCACACUUUGGCAGCCAGUAUAGUCCCUCCACCCUGAUUUAUCACGUGACUGGACAGUUUAUAUCAGAGGUCAACAAAGAAGGGAAUCCUGUUGAGUCUGAAGUCCCCGAGCAGCCAACAUGCAACACGACAGCCAGACGUCUAUUCUUCCAGGCCCAGAACACCUCCCAGCAGCUCCAUAAUCACCAAGGACUAGUGCGCCUCUUCUUGGUCAUCUGUGCAUUCUUCCUAUGCUGGACACCGUAUGUGGGACUGACCCUUGUUCAGGCCACCGAAACGGCAAUAACGGGCGAGUCCAACCUCGUCCCACACACUGCCGUGACCUUCUCCUACUGGUUGUUGUUGCUAAACUCUGACAUCAAUCCUCUGCUGUACGCUCUGCUAAGCCAGCGUUUCCAGACUGCCCUUUGCACUCUGAAGGAAAAAAUAAGGACCCGUGUGCGAUGUGUGCUUGGGAGGAGAGAGGAGGUCAAAGCAGGUGACACACCCCAUCCUGGUGCAUCUUCAACCUCUGAAUACGAUGUCUCUCCAUACGCGUCCUCUGUUUUUACAGUGAGCACUGACUAUACACACUCUGAAGAGCAUCUCUGCAAAGUGUGCCAUCUUCAAAAUACCUCAUCCAUCUGCUCCCUGUGCCAAAACUCUGGUGAGGUGAAGGAGGACCGCUUACAGGUUCCCUCUCGGCCACAGGAGGGCAGCAGACUGCCUUUUUCUGCUCUAACCACAGGCGGUCAGACCACUUUCUUCUACGGCCAGAUUACAGUGAGAUUGGAGCAUGAUGUCUGUUAGUCUGAUUUCUGCAGAAAAGUCCUAUUUUAAAUAAUUUAUACCAGUCAUCCAAUGAUACUGCUCGUGGCUAAAUCAAUGAAAAACCUGGACAAGUGUGUAUCUGUAUGGAAAAGGCAUUUUUGUUUUUUAAUAUGUUAUGUGUGAUUACACUUGAAGAUAACCAACAGUAGCUUUUAAUAAACCCAUUGUUUAUUCACACUUUGUCAUAAUCAAUAUGUUGCAUUUUGGUGUAAAAAUCAUAAUUCCUUACAAAGGUUUACAUUUAUGUCUAGCAAUAAUUCCAGAGGAAUACAAUAUUAUUUAUUGUCAUAGAGCAUGACAAUGGGAAACAGUGCUGAUGUAGUCGACUG